GAAAGACUACCUUAUACCCAAACAAUCAACAUCCAAAAAAAACAAAAGAGAACCAAACCCUAACCCUAGCUAUAUAAAAUGCUGUUCUAAAACCCAAACCGCCCUGCUGCGCUGUUGCUCUCGUUUCCAACUUCUCAGACUCGCCAGACCUCAAAGAAGAAGGAAAAAUGAAGGUGAUAGCUGCAUAUUUGCUGGCUGUGUUGGGAGGGAACACCAGCCCUUCAGCUGAAGAUUUGAAGAACAUUCUUGGAUCGGUGGGAGCUGAAGUUGAUGAUGAUAAGAUUGAGCUGCUCUUGUGUGAAGUCAAGGGUAAAGAUAUAACUGAGCUUAUUGCAUCUGGUAGAGAAAAAUUAGCAUCUGUACCUUCUGGUGGUGGUGGUGGUGGUGGUGCUGUUGCAGCAACAGGUGGUGGUGGUGCUGCUGCUGGUGCUCCUGCUGCAGCUGAGCCAAAGAAAGAGGAAAAGGCGGAAGAGAAGGAGGAAUCAGAUGAUGAUAUGGGCUUCAGUCUCUUUGAUUGAGGAAAUAUCAUUUUAUGUUCACGAUUUCACCAAUUGAGGACUUGGUGUAGGACUUUGAGUCGUUUCUACAGGCUAUUAUUUUUGGAGGUUUCUCUGUUAAGACUGAGAAGUUGAUUACUGCCCUAAAAUUUUACAGAUCAACAUUGUUUUCUGUGUUUUAAAACUUACAUGUGGAUUUUCAUCUGUUUUAAUUGCGUUGUUCCUUGAGACGCUGGUGUGGUCUACUAACUUUGGUGGUUGAUUCAUUAGGAAUCUCUGUAGAAGGAAUUAGUACUUAUUAUUCUCAGUCCUCCCAACAAGAGUUGUGCUUGCAUCUGAACAGAAUUGUUCAAUUCAUAACAACUUUGAUAGAAACCAGAUUUGUGCUUUAUGCUUC